GUCCAGCCCAGGAGGUCGUUUAAAAACCCCGCCUCUCACAAAACCCUAAAGCCGAACUUUGGCGAGAAUAGCUGAGUAGGAGCAGAGAGUUUCGCCGCACUACAAUGGGCGCCUACACUUACGUGUCAGAGCUAUGGAGGAAGAAGCAGUCCGAUGUGAUGAGGUUCUUACAAAGGGUGAGGUGCUGGGAGUAUCGCCAGCUUCCAUCAAUAGUGCGUGUUACUAGGCCUACUCGUCCUGACAAGGCACGACGUUUGGGUUACAAAGCCAAACAGGGCUAUGUGGUUUACCGUGUUCGUGUGAAGCGUGGUGGAAGGAAGAGGCCUGUAUCCAAGGGUAUUGUGUACGGUAAGCCUACCAACCAGGGAGUCACCCAAUUGAAGUUUCAGCGUAGUAAGCGAUCUGUUGCUGAGGAGCGUGCUGGUAGGAAAUUGGGUGGUCUCAAGGUCCUCAAUUCUUACUGGAUCAAUGAGGAUUCCACAUAUAAAUACUUUGAAGUGCUCCUGAUUGAUUCAGCCCAUGCUGCUAUAAGGAAUGACCCAAGAAUCAACUGGAUCUGCAACCCAGUGCACAAGCAUAGAGAGCUUCGUGGACUGACUUCAGCUGGGAAGAAAUACAGGGGUCUCCGAGGAAGAGGACACUUGCACCACAAGGCAAGACCCUCAAGAAGGGCAACCUGGAAGAGGAACCAGACUCUGUCUCUACGCCGUUAUCGUUGAUCUGCUUAGAGUUUUUCAAGAGUUUCUUAUUGUAUUGUUCACGACUGUAGUAGUCCUUUCUUUUUUGAAAUCAAGUUCUGAGAAACUUGGUAGAACAGCUCAAUUUGUGCAAUGGAUGAU